UACCAAUGCCAGUUGAAGGUCAAGCCGGUUGUGGUGUGAACUCAAGUAGAGAGCAAACUCAAGAUAAAGAUGCAAGUGAUCAAGGUAUAAUAACUGAGUUCAAUCCAGAACAUGUCAUCUAUGAGAAAGUGAAGUAUGAAACUCGUUUAGAUACGGCCGUGAGUAUUGUGAGUUAUAUUGCAUUGCAAGGUGAACCAUUUCGUGGACAUGAUGAAUCAGAAACUUCUUUGAACAAAGGCAAUUUUCUGGAAUUUCUUGAUUGGUACAAACUAAGAAAUGAGGAAGUGAGGCAAGCUUAUAUAGGUUGUCCUAAAAAUGCAAAAAUGACUUCUGGCACAAUUCAAAAAGAAAUUGCAGAGUGUUGUGCUGAAGCAGUUACCAAAGUAAUAAAGGAAGAGAUGGACGGUUGUCUAUUCUCUAUUCUUGUUGAUGAAUCUCGUGAUAUAUCAGUCAAAGAGCAAAUGGCCAUCGUUGUAAGGUAUGUGAACAAAAAAGGCAAAGUGAUUGAAAGAUUUUUGGGAAUCAAGCAUGUCAAGGAAACUACAUCAGAAGCAUUCAAGAUUGCUGUGGUACAAGUUCUUAGUGCCCAUGGUUUAACUAUUGUACAAUUAAGAGGGCAAGGGUAUGAUGGGGCUUCUAACAUGAGAGGUGAAUUCAAUGGUGUUCAGAAACUAAUCCGUGAUGAGAACCCGUAUACUUUCUAUAUCCAUUGUUUUGCUCACCAAUUGCAGCUCGUUGUGGUUUCGGUCUCCAGAUGUUGUUCAUCCAUGGAAGAUUUUUUUUGACUAUGUCAACAUGAUUGUGAACAGCACUAGUGCAUCUUGUAAGAGGAAGGAUUUGUUGCUUGAUAAUCAUCGUACACAGCUUUUGGGUAGGUUGGAGAGUGGAGAAAUUUCCUCUGGUAGAGGACAGCAUCAAGAAACAUCAUUGGCUAGGCCUGGAGAUACAAGAUGGGGAUCUCACUAUAAGACUUUACUUCGUAUUGAAACAAUGUGGGAUUCAAUAAUAGAAGUUCUGUCAGUCAAACAUGAUGAUCAACGUAAUCCAUCAAGGGCGGGCGGUUUGGUGCAUACCAUUGAGUCUUUUAGCUUUGUCUUUAUCAUGAAGAUGAUGUUGCAAAUCCUUCGCAUAACAAGUGACCUAUCUUCUCUCUUACAAAAGAAGGAUCAAAAUAUUGUUGAGGCUAUGUCUUUGGUCAUUGAUGU